AUGACGGCAGAAAGACUUCGUAUACUCGUCAUUGGUUCCGGCGGGCGAGAACACGCCCUUGCCUGGAGACUAGCCAAGUCGCCCUCGGUUGACAUCGUCCACGUUGCGCCGGGCAAUGGGGGCACGGAAUUCGACAAGGUCGCCAAUGUCAACAUCGCAGCGGAUAAUUUCACCGACUUGGUCGAUCACGCACAGAAGCAUGGGCUCAACCUCGUGGUCGUUGGUCCCGAGGCACCCCUAGUUGCGGGUGUCGAAGGCUUCUUCCGAAAGAAAGGUAUCCGGUGUUUCGGCCCUAGCAAGGCCGCUGCCAGAAUGGAGGGUUCCAAGGCAUUUUCCAAAGAUUUCAUGCAACGCCACGGUAUCCCAACAGCUGCGUUCCGAAAUUUCAGCGAUUACGAAUCAGCUCGCAAAUACCUCGACUCUGUCAACCACAGUGUCGUCAUCAAAGCAGAUGGCCUGGCAGCAGGAAAAGGAGUCAUUAUUCCCACGACUAAAGAAGAGGCACAUGAAGCUUUGCGUAAGAUUAUGGUUGAGCACGAGUUUGGAUCUGCUGGCUCUCAAGUGGUCAUUGAGGAGUUUUUGGAAGGCGAGGAACUUAGUGUGCUGACUUUCAGUGAUGGCUACACGAUCAGAUCACUCCCACCGGCCCAGGAUCAUAAACGGGCACUAGAUGGAGAUCAAGGCCCAAAUACUGGAGGCAUGGGCUGCUAUGCGCCAACCAGAGUCGCUUCCAAAGAGCUGAUCGCUCAAAUCGACCUUGAAAUUGUACAGCCUACCAUCGACUGUAUGCGUCGGGAGGGCAUGCCAUUCGUUGGUUUUCUCUUCACUGGUCUUAUGAUUACCAAAAACGGACCCAAAGUACUGGAGUACAACGUCAGAGGAGGUGACCCUGAAAUCCAGACUCUGCUGCCUCUUCUGAGCGACGACACCGACCUUGCCAAAGUCAUGCUCGCCUGCACAGAGCACUGGUUAGAUGGUGUCGAUCUAAAGAUUGACGCCAAGUUCAGCGCGACAGUCGUCGCGUGUGCGGAGGGAUAUCCUGGAAAGUAUGCAAAAAAUCGACAAAUUAGCAUCCAGAAAGUGCCCGAGGAUACGUUCGUAUUCCACGCCGGUACCAAUAUGGACGGAAAACAUGUGAUCUCUACCGGAGGUCGAGUGAUAGCUUCGACAGCAACGGCAGCCACGUUGGAAGAUGCAGUGGCGAAAGCGUACAAGGGUAUGAGUUGUAUCAAGUUCCAGGGGAUGCACUUCAGAAAGGAUAUCGCACACCGUGCUUUCGCGAGAAAGGAGCAGGAAAAUGGAGCCGGAAGUGAAGCUUUAACGUAUGCUUCCGCUGGCGUUUCAAUUGACGCAGGCAACAACCUGGUUGCGAGAAUCAAACCGGCGGUCAAGUCGACAUCUCGUCCUGGUGCUAAUGCAAUCAUUGGUGGUUUCGGUGGAGCUUUCGACCUUGCAAGAGCUGGCUACAGCGACAAAUCACCAAUGCUCAUCGGAGCUAUCGACGGUGUCGGUACCAAGCUCAAAAUUGCACAUGCCACAAAUAUCCAUGACACUGUGGGUAUUGACCUCGUUGCUAUGAACGUGAAUGAUUUGGUCGUGCAAGGAGCUGAACCCCUUAUGUUCCUGGAUUGCUACACAUGCAGUAUCUUGGAUGUCGACAUCGCAAGCAGCUUCAUCAAAGGUGUUUGUGAUGGUUGUAAGACUGCCAACUGUGCCUUGGUAGGAGGUGAAACAGCUGAGAUGCCUGGACUUCUGAGCGGCACCGAGUACGAUGCUGUUGGCGCGGCAAUCGGUGCUCUCGACACCGCGGCCGGGAAACGGCUUUUGCCUGACACGGAAAGCAUGGUCGAGGGCGAUGUACUCCUUGGCCUGGCCUCGGACGGUCUCCACUCCAAUGGGUUCUCCCUGGUACGCCGCGUCGUCGAGAAAAUGCGCUUGAACUUCUCGGACCAGGCACCAUGGAUGCCGGACCAGACUGUUGGCCGAUCUCUGCUAACACCAACCCGGAUCUAUGUCAAGCCGCUGCUUCAAGCGGUCAAGCGAGAUCUUAUCAAGGGCAUGUCGCACAUCACAGGCGGCGGUCUCACCGAGAAUGUUCCUCGAAUGCUGCCAGAUCAUCUUUCUGCCAAGAUCGACGUAUCAUCGUGGGCUCGACCCGCGGUCUUUGAGUGGCUCCAGCGCUCUGGCAACAUCAGCAAUACGGAAAUGGCACGAACAUUCAAUAAUGGUAUCGGUAUGGUUCUCGUCGUAUCCGAUGUUGCCUCGGGUGAGGUCAAGAAGAUCCUGGAAGCUGAAGGAGAAACGGUCUUCAAGCUCGGCAAGUUGGUGAGCAGGGAUGGUCAAGAAGGUUGCAUCUUGAGUCAUCUGGACAGUUGGUCAACCUAA